CUUAGCGCAAAUGGCUUAUGUUGCUGUAACUUCGCUUAAAGGAACACUCCAUCUACUUUUUUUGCAAUCACAACCACGCUUGCCUCUUCAAGACAACCAAGAGAUUGUUAAUUCUCUCCAUGAAAAUCUUGGUUUCCUCCAAGAAAUUUUUGAGAAAUCUGAAAUCGCCUAUGAUAAUUCGGAAAUGAAAGAUUUUGAGGCAGAGAUGAGAGAUGUAGCGUUCGAAGCUGAAAAAAGAAUUGAGAUGGAAUUGAGUAGCCUAUAUCUUCAAUCAAGCAGCAUAGCGGUUUGCCUCCUCAGCCUUCAUGGAAUCUUCAAGGAAGCAUUAAUACAGACUGAUUACCUCAAGAAGAAGUUGAUUAAUAUUAAAAGUAAACACCAGUUUGCAAAGGGUCCAUCAAUCACUGGUGUUUCACUCCUUGGUUCAACAUCAUCGCAACCUGCUGAUCCAGAACGCCAUAAUAUAACUGUGAGUAAAUUUUCCAAAAGCGCUUCACAAUUUGACAAUAGAAUGGUUGGAUGCGAGAAGGAAUUCAAGACGAUAUUGGAUAAGUUGAUCAGGCAACAAUCAGCUGAGCAGCUCCAAGUUGUAUCAAUCGUUGGCAUGGGAGGAAUAGGCAAGACCACUUUAGCUGGGGAAGUCUACAAGGAUCCAUCAAUUACUUCUUAUUUUGACAAGCAAGCAUGGGUUACGAUAUCCCAAGAGUAUACCGUGGUGCAAAUGCUCAGAUGCCUUAUUGGUUGUGUCAGUGCAUCAAGUGAUGAUGAACAAAGCAGCAAUGAUCCAGGCCGAAUAGCAGAAAGUCUGCAGAAAAGCUUGAAGGGUCAGAGAUAUUUGAUAGUGAUAGAUGAUAUAUGGAGCAAAGAAGCAUGGGAUAGUGUGCAAAUGUGCUUUCCAGAUGAUAAUAAUGGAAGCCGUAUACUACUAACUUCUCGGCUCAGAGAGGUGGCUGAAUAUGCUGCUAGUUCAGGUAACUCUAUCAUUAACAUGCCUUUCUUAGAUGCCAAUGAAAGUUGGAAUCUCUACUGCAGUGUGUUUGGUAAAACAGAAAGAAAUUCGGUGUUUGAGCAAAUUGGUAGAGACAUAGUGAAAAAAUGUAAAGGAUUACCUCUAGCUAUUACUUUAGUGGCUAGUCUUCUCUCCAAGACAGAGAAGAAGGUGGAAAAGUGGAAGAAUGUUGCAGAAACUGUAAUUGGUGAUUCUAAUGAAGCAUGCUCAAGUGUGCUAUCUUUGAGUUACAACCAAUUACCACACCCCUCUAAAGCUUGCUUUCUAUAUUUGGGAGUUUUUCCAGAAGAUUAUGAAAUCCCUGUAAAGAAGUUAGUUAAGUUGUGGGCAGCAGAGGGAUUUUUUGGGGCAGUUAACAAUAAGAAUAUGGAGGAAGUGGCCACGGAAUGCUUGCAAGAUCUUGUUGAUAGAAAUCUUGUUCUAGUUGGUAAACAGAGCUACAAUGGAAAAAUCAAGACAAUUAGGAUGCACGAUCUCUUGCAAGACUUUUGCUUGAAAGAAGCUCGACGUGAAAAUCUCUUGAAUAUCAUUGGAAAUGAUUAUCAUGGUGCUGUUGCUGGACCCGUAAAACUUCCAUUUUACAAGAGGACAUCACAGCACUUGUUUUUAAAAGCUUGUCCUUGGAUAAGUAUUAGACCUGGAUAUUUCAAUAUUGAAAUAAGAUCUAAGUGCGAUGACAAAUUGCAUUCCUUACACUCUGUUGAUCAUAUUGAUCACAACAUUAAUGUGCUUUGUCACUUCAAACUAUUAAGAGUAGUAGACAUGAAACUUAGAUUUUGGAAUUCAGAAGAUAAUGUGCUAUAUAUGGAAAAUCUUUUUCAUUUGAGAUACUUUGCUUUGUCCCUAAACAGAACCAUUGGCCCUCUUGAACUAAAACUCCGUGAGCAUUGGAAUAUGCAAAGUUAUAUUGUUCGUGGAUGUAGUGUUAUAUUGGAUUCCUCUGAGGCAUCUAGAAUUUGGAAAAUGCCACUGUUAAGGAAUUUUUAUGUCGACUUAAAUCCUUUUACAUUAGAGGCUUCGGAGGUUGUUCAUAGAAACAUAGAGAGUAUAUCUUGGUUGCGUCCGAAGUGUUGUACAGAGGAUCUUUUUACAAGGAUUCCAAAUUUAAAAAAAUUGGGGAUUAAAACUAAAAUGUGGCAUGGAAAUGAAAAUUCAGAUGGUUUUUGUAAUCUUGUGCACUUGGGACAGCUUGAGAAAUUAAGCAUCAGUGAGUGGGUUGUUAAACUUCCAUAUAGCGGCAUUCUAUGGGCAACUAGUUUUCUACCAAAUCUUAGGAAGCUCAAAUUCAUCUUUACUAAGUUUCCAUGGAGUGAUGUGAGGCUUAUUGGUAUGUUGCCGAAUUUAGAAGUUCUAAAAUUGAUUGAUGCUUGUGAAGGCAAAGAGUGGGAGCCAUGUGAGGGAGGGUUCCGUCAAUUGAAAAAGUUGGUAAUUGGAAGCUGGAUUUUGGAAGAUUGGAUUGCUGUGGGUGAUCAUUUCCCUGUGCUUCAACAUUUAGAGUUAACUGGUUGCAGUUCGUUGCGUGAGAUUCCUAUUGCGUUUGCCGAUAUUACCACACUUGAAUUGAUUAAGUUAAAUAGAUGUUUGCAUUCUAUUUUGGCUUCUGCAAAGCGUAUUCAAGAUGAGCAGCAAAGCUAUGGAAAUGAAGCCCUCCUUGUUCAGUCUAGAAAUAUAUUCAGUAAGAGUAACAUCUCAAGUGAAGGGAUAGAGAGUGAGGAAUGA